AUGAAGAGGGCUCUUGGUGGCAAAAUGAAGAUUGAGUUCAUUGAUGGAUCUCUUCCUGUCCCUGCUGAUUCUUUCGAUCCAUCCCUGCGUGCUUGGAACCGAUGCAACAUGCUUGUACAUUCUUGGAUCAUGAAUUCUGUUUCAGAUUCGAUUUCUCAGUCCAUAGUUUUCAUGGAGAAUGCGCUUGAUGUAUGGAACGAUUUGAAAGAAAGGUUUUCCCAAGGUGAUCUCAUACGAAUUUUUGAGCUGCAACAAGAAAUAUACAAUUUAAAGCAAGAAACCAAAUCAGUAAUUGAUUUUUUCUCUAAUCUUAAAAUUCUUUGGGAAGAACUAGAUUUGUAUUUGCAUUUACCAACUUGUACCUGUCGCAUAAAGUGUUCAUGUGAAGCUAUGCGCAGUGCAAGAUCUCAUCACCAGCUAUUGCAAAUUAUCAGAUUCUUGAUUGGUUUAAAUGACCAAUUUGUUGUAGUGAAGCCCCAAAUCUUGUUAAUGGAUCCUUUGCCAACUAUGAAUAAGAUAUUCUCCAUGGUUAUCCAACAUAAGCGACAAAUUCAGCUCCCUAUUCCAAAUGAUGAGUCACAAACACUGAUUAAUGUUGCUGAUUCCAAGAGGUUUGGAGCAAGAAAUAAUGCAUUCAAGCAUGUUAUCCGUGUUUGCACAUUCUGUGGCAAGACUAACCAUACUGUUGAAAAUUGCUUCAAGAAACAUGGUGUACCACCUCAUAUGCAAAAACAAUUUCAGAAUUCAGCUAACAAUGUGGCAUCGGAUGGAAAUGAUGAUGGAUCUUCAUCUCAUGGUGCUGACAUUAAAAGUGAUAAUUCACCUAUGACUCAAGGUCAAUUCAGUGCUUUAAUGGAUCUACUUCAGAAAUCAAGCCUUGGCCAAUCUUCAGGACAUGCUUCUUCCAACCAAGUUGUUGUUAGUCAUCCAUCAAUAGGUAACACAUAUCAUUGCAUGCAUAGUAGUAGUAGUGGUUCUUGGAUCAUUGAUUCAGGAGCUACUGAUCACAUAUGUAGUUUUGUCCAAUGGUUCCAUUCACAUAAGAAAAUUAUUCCCAUCACUGUUAGAUUGCCAAAUGGAUAA